AUAAAAUAUAAUAUAUAUCGAGUAUGAGAGAAUGCAACACGCGGGAAGAACCCACUCAUUGCACGCCAAAUGGCGCGGACUGCCCAUCGCAAAGCACAGGACGCCCGUCGGCCAAGAAGACCAUUCGCAAGGAGCCAUCAUUUUGAACCAAAUCGUAUUCUGUCCGUAACAAGCUGUGCGUCAUCAACGCAGGUCGAGAUAACUCUUACAACUCCGCAUUGGGCAUGUACUUCCCGGGACUCACUGGAACGCCACGCAAGAUAGCGUGGAAGCGCAUUCACCGCUGGGAGAAGAAUCGUGCCGUUAUCGAAGCCGCAGCAACCGAACCCUCCCAACAACACAAAAAGUCCCCGCGGCCUCCAGGAACUACGUUGACUCUUGAUGUCGCCACAGAAGAAGUGGUGGUUUCGGGGUAACCAAAACUGAGUUUUUAGAAUGAUUGGCUGCGAAAUUCAACCCCCAAGCGACCAGGUAAACCUACCGGUAGUCAGUGUUGAAUUUGCUCCAUUAGUCAGCUCUUUAACCGAUGUACCGACUUCACCAGCUCGUCCGUGUCCAACCCGAACACUUUCCGCAACGCAACUUACCCUCGUUUGCCUACGGCCAGGUGACACGUGCCACUGCCACGCAUGUGCAUGUGUACAUCCGUGCCAACAACGUCCUUACCUCGUCUUUCCGCGAAGCAGUACCAAUUGACUCGUGUGUGCUCCCCAUCGUUGACAUUGACGAGUUGGAGGCUGGGACGGGUUUAUGGAUGCGACGCUUCGCCUUCGGCGAAGUUAAUGGUUCGUGGCACCAUGGCCAGCCACUACGUCCCACUCUAUCUCCGCCAACACUCUGGAGCCAACAUUUCCAAUCUGCGCUCUUCUACUCGGUGCCCAAGCUCUUCCCUCUCCUUUGAGUGACUCCGCGCUGGCAUGUAGUCCUGCUGACCUCCGUUCACAUCACGCUACCAUUUUCGAACGUGCCAUCACUGGUUCGGACACCGUUUUACCGUCGACGGAUAUUCCAACAAUUCUAACCGACAUUCUAC